UUGUAAAAUUUAGAUCAUUUGAAUGAAAAGCUUGAACAUUUUCUAUAUUUGACAGUUCACUUCUCUCACUCUUCGAGUCUUCGGCCUCCACUGUCGCCCAUCUCUCUGUCUCUCUGUCUUGAUUGAAAACCUUGUGUUCGCAGUGGUAAUGGUCACUCAGUCCUGCCUCGUCUCCCAAACCCCUUCAUUCCUCUCCUUCUUUCCCAAAACUCCUAUUCCCACUCCCACUCGCACCUCCUCAUUCUCAUUCUCAUUCAACAAAGCCUCCAACCUUCGUUUCCCAAUCUCUCUCUCUCGCCCAACCGCAAUGGCCUCCAACUCCAACCUCUCAAAUGACGUCCCCGAUGCCCGUCAACAACUAGACUUUCUAGAUUCCGAACUCGAUCACUUUGCUAAGAUCGCCAACAAGGUCGCCGACGCCGCCGGAGAAGUCAAUCGGAGGUACUUCCGGAAUAAAUUCGAGAUUCUUGUCAAGGAGGAUCUGAGUCCUGUAACCAUUGCAGAUCAAGCAGCAGAGGAAUCUAUGGUUAAAAUUAUACUUGAGAAUUUUCCUUCGCAUGCAAUUUAUGGAGAGGAGAAUGGAUGGAGGUGCAAAGAGAAGUUUGCGGACUAUGUUUGGGUUUUAGAUCCAAUAGAUGGAACAAAGAGUUUCAUCACUGGAAAACCCUUGUUCGGUACCCUAAUUGCACUCCUAUACAGGGGUAAACCAAUUCUUGGCAUAAUCGAUCAGCCUAUUCUGAGAGAAAGAUGGAUUGGGAGAAGUGGAAGGAAAACAACACUAAAUGGACAAGAAGUGUCUACUCGCACUUGUGCAGAACUGUCACAAGCCUACUUGUACACUACAAGUCCACAUCUCUUCAGUGGAGAUGCCGAAGCAGCAUUUGUUCGUGUUAGAAACAAGGUAAAAGUGCCAUUAUAUGGCUGUGACUGCUAUGCUUAUGCUCUUUUGGCUUCUGGUUUUGUGGAUCUAGUUGUUGAGUCUGGUUUAAAGCCGUAUGAUUUCCUUUCGUUGAUACCUGUGAUAGAAGGUGCGGGGGGUGUUAUAACCGAUUGGAAAGGAAACCAGCUUCACUGGGAGGCGUCUCCAGAUUCACGUGCAACAAGUUUUAACGUGGUGGCAGCUGGGGACAAACAGAUUCACCAACAAGCUGUAGAUUCAUUACAAUGGCAGUAAAGAUUGAGUCGAACUAGAAUAUGUAAAAGCCAAUGCCAUUCCCGGGGGCCGGAGUCCUAUCUUUGGGUUUAGAUAUCUAUCUCGAAUAGGAUGUAGAUGGACCAAUAGGAUUAAAAAAAUAAGGAAAACACUAUAGACGGAAAGGGAUCCCACACAUUGUGAGUGUACCACGUCUCCUCUUUUUCUUUUUCUUUUUUCCUUUCUUUUUUUUCCUUCUCCCGUGUGUCUCCCCUCCCCUCCUCCCCCUUUCCCUCUCUGCCUCCGCCUCCCUGUGGCUGCCAUGGUGGUCAGGGACCACCUUAGGGCCGGCAGAAGCCACCGGUGGUCCAAGCGGCACCGUCCAGCGGGGGAAUGGGAGCUCCCGUGCACGGCAAGCUCGUGGAUUGCCGGCUGCUUCUGUUGGCCUUGAAGUGGUCCCCAACCACCAUGGCGGCCAUGAGGAGGUGGAGAUAGAGAGGGAAAGGGGGAGGAAGGGAGGGGAGAUGCACGGGAGAGGCGUUGCCGUGAGGGGAGGGGAGACGACGGCGGCUUCUGUCGGCCCUGAGGUGGUCUUCGACCACUAUGGUGGCCACGGAGAAGGUGGAAGCAGGCGGAGACGCACGGGAAAGGGGAGACACACGGGGAGGGGGGGGGGGAGAAAGAAAAAAAAAAGUAGGUAGACGUGGCACACUUGCAGUAUGUGGGAUCCUUUUGUAUUUGUAGCAGCCCUCAAAAAAUAAACCACAAAAAGAUCUCUUAGGAGGAACUGCAUAUUUUUCAUUGUCUUUUAAAGCCUGUGUGCAUCAUGAAAUGCAAGGGCAAUUGUCAAUUAUACCACCAUAUGUAGAAUUUCAUAAGCCAUAUUCUCCUCCCACCAUAACUAUUUUGGGGCACGUGUCCCAAUCUCAACGGGAUACACAUGUCUCAAUCUCAACAGGUCCACCAAGCCAAAUCCUCGUUACCAAACCUGCCUUCUGGUUCUCAACUUGUCCUGGACAAGAUUUGGAACCCAAGAUUGGGUUGUGUAUGGAUACAAUGAUAGACUAAUAAAAACAAAUGCUUUUUCAUUGAUCCAAGGGGUCUCUUUGUAUGGUGGAUUAGUAAUUGGCCUGUGUAUUUCUUCCUCGGACAUGGAUUGAAUUUCAAUAAGUUGAUCCUGAAAAACAGAUGAUUUCUUAAUGCAA